AUGAAGAUUUCCACUGCGACCAACCUUGCUGCCUUUGGCUUUGCUGGCAUCAGUUCUGCUAGCAGUGACUUCCUCACGUCAUGCAAAAGGAGAGCGCUAACUUGGCUUGACUGGUAUGUCCGCAGCGGCCUUUCCAAGUCCAUCCACUCGUGUGAGAACCAUUACAACAACGACACUAACUUUGGCAACGAGUUCGGCUGCUGGGGUCCCUGUGAUACACACGGCGAUUCUCACAACACUUUCUCUCUCACAAAAGAUAAGUACAUCGGCAACAACAACGGCGUCCUCGUCUGCUAA